GACUUGUAGCAGCCCGUUCAAACGGCUCUGUUGGUUCCGAGAUCAUGGCAGCUAGCCUUGUUGCCAGCCACCUGCAGAAUGAAGCUUUUGAUUGAUUGCUCACCAAUCAAAACACACACAAGCUGCCCCUUUAAAAUAUGCUCCAGGCUGAGGACCUGGAAGAGCGGAGCUGCGAGUGCAGAAGGAAGGAGUGGAGCGCUGAAAGGAAGGAGAUUAACGGUGAACGGGCUGCCAAUGUGACCCAUAGAGUAUUUUGAGCAGCGCGCCUUUACUGACGGCGACUGAGCGGGACGGGGGGAAGCGAGCGAGCCCAGCCUCUUCCUACCAUUGGGUGGGUUGCGGCAGCUCUGGCCAAUCGCAGCGCGCCUUCUGUAGAGGCGGGAGACGCACAGCCGGCUGAGCAGCGGCGGCGGCGGCCGUUCUUUCCUACCUGUCUGUCAAUGGAGCGGCGGCUCUUCUCGCGGCGGCUGGGUGAGUAAAUGCGUAGAAUUUGAAACCGAGAGCCGUUGGCCGUCAGUUGACCCGAGGGGAGGGACAGCUCGUGUUGCCUGGUCACCGCUCCGUUGCCAUUUGAUUUCAAAUACCGACCCCUCCUUGGCAUGGCAUAUAAGGGCUAAGAAUAUUCAUGGCCAAGGGUGGCUCCUUGAGAUAAAUGGUACUGAGGGGCAGGGAUAUGGGCAGGGCCGGGUUUAGGUUUGAUGAGGCCCUAAGCUACUGAAGGUAAUGGGGCCCUUUAUAUGGCCAGCUGUCCUUUGUCAACAACAAAUUGUCACAGUUUUUUGUGUUGAAUAUAUGCUAAACAGUACGGUAAUUUAUGGACCAAUUGCUCAUAACAAAAUAUAUAUUUUAUCGAAGUAAUUGUUGAACUGAAAAACAAUUAAGUACGUAUAUUAAUAGUGAAAUAAUUAUUAAGCUCUAACUUAAAAUGAUUUUUAUUCAUAACAAACAAUGCAAACACAUUGGCAUUUGGAAAUAACAAAAGUUCCUUUAGAUACCCAGUUUACAAAGACUCAUCUAUUUUAGUUGUUUUUUAUCUUAUAUUUUGGAAAUGUACAUCCAAGUUUUGUUUUUUCUUUAAUUUUUUUUUGGGGGGUUGGCCAAGAAAGUGCGGCCCUAAGCUAUAGCUUGUUUAGCUUAUACAUAAAUCCGGCACUGGAUAUGGGUACGUGUAUUUGUGUUAAAAUGCCCUUUUCUAGAGCUCCUGUGUCUCGCUGAACUGCUGGCUGACAGGUGGAAAAACAGAUGUUCCUCAUGCUGCAUUGAUAAAGCUGCACUAAACACAAUUUUUAUGUCUGCUGUGCAGCUGUGAAAGGGGGGGGGGAUUAUGGCGCCCUUUCUUGAAGCCUGUUAUCUGUUUGUCAGCGAGAGGGUGAUAGCCACCCACAUAAUUUCCAAGAGGGUGAGCUGUUCUAAGUCCGUUGGCAGCAAAAAUAAGGAAGGGGUAGCUCCUUAAAACCACCUCAUUUAUUAUAGCUUAAGUUUUUGUGGGGUAUAGUCCAUCAGAGGCAUGGUGUUUGUGAAAUGGCACUCUUACCUACCCACCGCCAGGGGAUGAGAAAAGUGGGGAGAAGCAACAUAACCACUAGCCCUGCCCCAACCCAUGUACGUUCUGUGCAGACCUCUCCCCACCCAACCUCACCUUCUCUGCUUGGGAAAGUAAGAAGAAUCAACCACAAAAGGGUAGUGGGGCUGGUACCACUUUUUGUUUUUUGUUUUAGCAAAUAAUAUUAAACUUGACAACACAAACAUCCUGCCAUUGCUUUCCCCUGCAUGCCUGUAGUUGAGCCUUUAGUUAUUUGAUGUUCCCAGAAUGGCUUGCAUAAAACCAGGUGGAUUAGUAAAACAAUAAAAGCAGAACAGUUGAGCACAAUUAAGACCCUACUGUGGGACUUACUCCAAAGUAAGUGAGUAUAUGACUGCAAUUUAAAUGCCUCCCCUUUAAAUCCAGAUUUAAAAAGCAUGGAAAAGCCUGGAGGAUGUAGAAAGUAUCAACUUUUGUCAAAAAGAAAAGGAUACAGAAAUGUGACAAAUGCAGCCUGUCAUGACGGUUUAAUGAUGGAGAGUGCUUUAUGUGUAUAACUGUUGCCAGGACAUGGAGCUGUUAAAAGGCCCAGGAGACCUGCCAGAAAAAGGCUGUAAUCUUAGAACGGCAUGCAGAGUAUAUGGACUAGAAUUACCAGGAGCGUUUUGUAGGAUGCAGGUUGAGAGAGCCAGUACAGUGGUGCCUCGGGUUACAUACGCUUCAGGUUACAGACUCCGCUAACCCAGAAAUAGUACUGAAAUAGUUAAGAACUUUGCUUCAGGAUGACAACAGAAAUCGUGCUCUGGCGGCACAGUAGCAGCAGGAGGCCCCAUUAGCUAAAGUGGUGCUUCAGGUUAAGAACAGUUUUCAGGUUAAGAACGGACCUCCGGAACGAAUUAAGUACUUAACCCGAGGUACCACUGUACUUGUAUGUAGACCAUCGUUGGGUGAAUUUGAAGGAAGCAGCCGUGGACAGGGCUGAAAUAAGCUAUCAUUGCUGGGCUCAUCACUUGCAACCCUGUACAUGGCGUCCUCUGUUGUACUCCCAGCAGAAAGUCUGGCAAAAUGCUUCAGAAAAAAUAGACUUGACUAGAAAGCUCUAACCAAUUCAGAACCAACUACUGUUGUUCUAACUACAGUACUUCCUACUUCUGCCUCCUGCUGCUGGAAGGAGUGAAAUUUCAUGCAUAUAAGUGUUAGUGUGUCUCUCCCCACCCAAAUUGGUAAUGGCCCAGAACUGAGCCUUGGAACCAGCUCAGAACACCCUGGGCUUGCCUUGCAUUCUAGAAGUUGAGCCCCAUAUCCAUUUCUCAUUAGUAUUCACUUCUGUUCUGAUGAAAAGUGGCUUCAGAGCACAACAGCAUCUCUUACCACUUUCCUGCUUCUACAGUCAGUAGCUUCUCCAAGUAUUGUGUAUUGUACCUGCUCUGGGGUGUAUGUGUUAGGGGAGGGAUAGUACUUCUGGUGGGGGACAGGUCCUACUGCUUCUGGGGUAGUUUGUCCACCUUUGAUCUCCACCCUGCACUCAGCUCUCACCUGUGGCUCCUAGAAGCAGUGGCGUAGCGUGGGGGGUGCAGGGGGGGCCGGCCGCACCGGGCGCAACUUCUGGGGGUUAGGGUUAGGCGGCGCAAAUCCACGGGUUAGGGGGCGCAAAUCCAUGGGUUAGGGGGCGCAAAUCCACAGGUUAGGGGGCGCAAAUUACUUGCCUUGCCCUGGGUGCUGACAACCCACGCUACGCCACUGCCUAGAAGCUGUCAGAAUGCAACAACGGCCACACCCCAGGAACAGCUUCAACUGGCCAGGUAAACCAGGUGAAGAUAGCCGAUGGGUCUCAAACCCUCCCUCCAUCCAGAGAAGCAAGAGUCUUUAUUGGAGUUCAAGGACAUAUUCCAGCCAGGCAACAGCGCUCCAGGGGAGAUGCAGGGCCACUGAGGGGGUGUGACCAAGGGAGAAUUUUAGGGGUUAGGUAAAGAAGCCUGAGGGGUUGCAUUCAGCCCCUGUGCCUAAGAUUCCCCACCCUGCUCAUGUGGUACUGGUAUGUUGUUUCUGCUUUCACCCUCCAACCACUAUUUUGCUACUGGCUCCAGUUGGUGGACUUCAGGAUUUUAUUUUAUUUUUUAAAAAAGGUCCUGCAAGCCUGAAGGUUCCCACCCCUGAGCUAAAAGCACACUGCACAGACAGAGAGAGUGAAUUUCAUAUCUUACCUCCCUUGGAAGUUGAGAAAGAGUUUCAGGAGCAGUGGAAUGUGAAUCAGCAGGUUUCAGGAUCUCACAUAUCCAAAUAAUUGCAUUUUAAAUAAUAUUUUGCUAUGAGUUUUAUUUAUUUAUUUGUGAUGCAUGUGUUUUUAGUAUUGCUUUGCUAAAUUGCACCAUUGUGGGAAUUUGGUACAAGAAGAAUUGACAAAAGAAAUAUGGGGUGAGCAAAACAGAGAUCACUUUUUAUUGUUUUUCUUAGGCAAGAGCAAUUAUAUAAUUACAACUGCCUUGAGCAGUCACGGGAGAGGAUAAAUCAAAACUGUCGCUCUAGUUCUUUGCUGUUGUACAAAAUUAAAGAGCCUUUUUUAAACUGGAGACACUUUAAUGCCGCAACUGAAAUUUCCCUGUGGGCUUUACAGACUAUGCGUAUCAGAUGAUCAGAUUGUAGGCUAAUAAUAUCUCACUUUUUGUGCAAUGUACUCUUCUCUGAUGUUAGUAAUGGGAACUCUACCUCCAGGCUGGUCAUUGCUCCUUGGUCAUUUGCUCUUUAUUGCAUGACGCCCCCGGUGGGCACUGGGAAUCCCAAUUACUAACUUAGCUGCCCAUGUGAUAGUGGCAUUGCUCUGACACAUUUUAGCAUGGUCUUCCGUGGAAGCACUGGUGUGUUGUCUCAUCAUGGGAAUGGGGAACCCCAACUACUAACCUGGCUGCCCAUGUGGGCACUGGGAAUCCCAAUUACUAACUUAGCUGCCCAUGUGAUAAUGGCAUUGCUCUGACACAUUUCAGCAUGGCCUUCCAGGGGUACUUUCCAUAAUUGCCCUAGGAAAUAUUAUUAGUAUUUUCUUCCUCUUCACAGAUAUGCCCAUUCCUUGAAGUCAUGCAAUGCAAUCCUGUGUAUGUUUAUACAAAAUUUGCUUUACUCCCAUUGAGUUUAGUAGCACUUCCUCCCUGGGAAGUGUUUUUGGAUUGCAGCCUAAGUUACUAUUUUUUCAUUUGUGCUAAUAGUACAUUAUGAUUUUAAAUUGUUUUGUGCAUGACUUCUCACCCUCAACCCUAUGUCACUAAAGAUACCAUCUUCCCUAUAAUGUCACAGUUCCUCAGUCAUUCCUACAUCAAUAUAAUAUAUUUCAGUUGCAUCUCUUACGGUAUAAAUUAAUCACCUAGGUAUUAAUAACGGAUGAUGACACUUGGUGUAACAGUAGUGGUUAGAGGGUAUUCUGAUUUGUCAUACUGAAUUUGAGAUGCUGUGAGCUGUUUGAAAUGCCUGUAUGGUGAAACAGCCAAUGAGAUAACUUUGGAUUAUUUAUAGGACCACUGAUGGAUUUUAAAGCUUCAAUUCACUCUGCAGAUAUUAGACAGAAUUGUCUCCUUGAGGAACCAACUUCUCACCAUCGGCAGCUUGUAUUACUUACUGACCAAAAAGAUCUUGGAGCACUUUUUCCUUUGUAAUCCCAAAGAAGAUGGCUGAGAAACAGAUUAGGUAUGUGUCCUUCCCAAGUUUUUAGAAAUAUAGUGAGCCUCGAAGCAGGCAUUGGAGAAACAGUGCAAUUGAUUUACAGAAUGAACAUGACAACAAAUGCUGCAAAAUGAAGUUUGGUUUUUUAUUUUAUUUAAUUUGAGGAUGGCCAUUUGGCCAGUCUAAUUUUAAUUUUAUUUGAAUUAAUUUUGGGAUGCAUUUUAAUCGAUUGUUUGUUUAUGUAUAUUGUGUUUUAUAUGAUUUUAGCUGCUCUGAGCCCAGCUCCAGCAGGGGAGGGCGGGAUACAAAUAACUUUCUUUCUUUAUUUAUUUGAUCAAUAGUUUUAUAACAAAUUUCAAAGACCUGUUUUUAAAAAUAUUUGAGAUUAAAUUGCAACAAAGAUGUAUUUAAGAGCAGUUAUGAUGGUUAUUCUUACAUACCUCAUAAUAGCUAGAAGUAUAUAUACUCCUGAAGAAUAACUUCAUGUGGUCUGAAAUGUAGCAGGGCAGCUCCCUUCAUUCCAUAAAUAGUCUCUCUUGUCUCUCUAGACUAGGUGGAAUGAGAGACCCAAAGGAACCAGUCUGAUUUGACAUGGAAUAGAGUAAGGGAGACAAGAAAAGAGAGAUUGUUGUAAUGCAAGGCUGUACAAAUGAUGCAGCCCUAACAUGCAAGAGUCUCGGUAUGAUGUGCUUAUACCGAGCACAUAAGAAGCUCUUUGAGGGAUGUACAUACAUUAAACACAUACUUAGAAACACUGCAUGUUAUGGACUGUAUCCAACACUGCAUGAGUGGACUUCUGUUUGUACAACUGGACUUCUCCCUGUACAGUCCAAAAAAUACAUUGUAAAAGGUCCCCAAGACUCUGGAACAGAUUUUGAGGGUGAAGGGACUGCAGGGGAAAGGAGAAGAGAAGGAAGUUCCAUUGUGUGAGUGGAACAGCAGCCUUGGCUACAAUCCUGUGUUUUUUCAUGUAUGUCACAGAUGUGUACCAUUGUUGCAUAUGAAGUGUUCUAAAAGCUUUAUUGUAGCAAUGCUGAAAGCAACACAUAGUCUGUGGCCAAUCUCAAGGAAGUCAGAAUUUGGUGCAUCACAGAGCUGAAUUUGAUAUAAAUGAAAUAAAUAUACAGCAUAACUCUUCUCCAGCCCCUAGUUCUGGAAAUUCUUGAUUCAAUUGCAUACAAUGGAAUUCUGUUUUCUCUUGUUCAGUUUGCCCGCUAAACUUAUUAAUGGAGGAGCUGCAGGGAUCAUUGGCGUUAGUUGUGUAUUUCCAAUUGACCUGGUUAAAACCAGGCUACAGAAUCAGAGAAGUGGACAGCAAGUCUACAAAAGCAUGUAAGUGAUCACUGGAAAUGUAUUGCAUCUAGAUUGACUUAAUAUUUGAGCAGCUCUUUCACCAUUUGCAAGUACCUACGGAUAGAUGUAGGUGUUGGGAAAGUAGAAAUCCACAGUUAUUAAUGGAAUGAUUCCAUCAAGUAUGGGUCUUUAUCUGCAUGUAUAAAAUAAAGAAUAAUGUACCGGUGAAUGAAAUAAGGUAAAUAGAAAAUGAAAAAAUUACUGUAGCCUCAUUUUGGAUACUAGAGAACAAUAAAGGUUAUAAAUAAGCAACUAUAUGUUGUAUUUAAGUAGCUAUAAUGAGGUAUUAUUUUACUUUUCUUCGUAAAAUACAUAUUAUUAAGGCUUGAUAUGAUAUAUUUUUUGUAGUAUAUAUUACAUUGGUCACUGCUGCUAAGCUCUAAUAUCAAAUAUGACAAGAGUAUCUUAGCGACAGGUAAUCUCUGACUAUAGUGUUGUGUCUUGAUCAGGUUGGAUUGUCUAAUGAAAACCCUGCGUUCAGAAGGCUAUUUUGGAAUGUACAGAGGUAAGUCUUUUCCUUGUUUUUGUAAUGGCUGUAACUAACACAGUUAUACUGCUUCAUGAUAAUUGGGGACUUAUUCAUUGGGGUCUCAUCCAUUAUGAUUAGGGACUCAUCUUGAAAGGUCAGAACUGGAGAUCUCAAUGUAUUUACUAGUGAGUUGGCUGCAUUGUUUCUGGAGCUUACUUUUAAGUAAACAUUCAUAGAGCUGUGCUCAGACAUUUGAAACAAAGAUGCGCAAAAUGAGAUGCAGUCUGCUCACACAACAGGAUUUCCAUUUGUUCUCCUUCUGCCACAAUCUGCUAUUGCUUUUAAGAUUAGAGUUUUGUAAAUGACUGUAUAACUCCAGUAGUAGUUUCUGGGCUAUUUCCAAUAACUUUGAAAACUGGAAUCUGAGUCCCUGCCACAAUAAACGAUGUGGGAUACCUAUAAUCAAAAUAUAUUUUAAAACAAAGAAAAUCUCCUAAUUUCAAUUAAGCUUAAGUAUGUAUUUAUUUUUAGGUGCAGCAGUGAAUCUGACCCUUGUAACACCCGAGAAGGCUAUCAAACUGGCUGCUAAUGACUAUUUUAGGCACCUUCUUGCCAAGGAUGGGUAUGUUAACUUGAGAUACUAGAGCUGUCUCAUUUGUACCGUACAUAAGUUAAGUCUGUGUUCGUUGCGGACUCCAUUACGUGAAUGUGACAAAUUGUGCAAAGCUCAUUAAAUAGUUUUUUGAUCACCCUUGAGAGCAGAAUGAACAAUAAUAUGUUGAUAGCAAGGCAUGCAAUAUUACGAAUCUUCUGAAUGACCAGAAGACAAGUAAUUAUUGAAAACAGAAAGCAAAACUUACUGUGCGCUGGAUGGACUACUUUGAAGGGCCAAUGGGCUGGAAGAACAGGUCAUCUUUGUGAUGCACAUAAUCUAGCUCGUUCUCUUGACUUCUGCAAUGCACAAUCAUUUGUGCAUUUCUAUCCCAAGCCACUCCUUCAUUUUCUUGAUCAUUGCUACCUCCCAAGUUCUUUUGCUGAACUUUGUGAAAAUCCAGAUAUUGCAAGGAGGAUAAUAUGUAUGUAUUAAGUACAUCUUUGCAAAACUUCAUGAUUUCAAUAACUUGCUGCAGGAUGGGCAGGGAAAGGGAGGGAAGAUCUAACACAGAGCAUUGACAUUCCAAUAUGCAACUCUAUAUGGACAGGCAAAAUCUUGUGACUUUGAUUGUAAACAUAAAUAUUAUAAUCCUAUGUCCUGAUGGGAUAUUGACUGCAAGAAGCUAAUGUGUCAUUUUCAAUGGGUUUGAUUCUCAAAGCCCCUUGCUAGUCUGAAGAUAAACUAUGUAUUUCCUUUAUACAGCCUUUUCCUUUUCUGGGAUAUUGCAUGCUUGUAUACUUUAGUGUUUAAAAUAAUAUUUUUAGUAUAAAUAAUAUGUUUAAUAAAUACUCUUUUUAUUACAGGGUAGCCCUUUCUUUAUCUAAGGAGAUGCUGGCCGGUUGUGGUGCUGGAACCUGCCAAGUUAUUAUCACCACUCCAAUGGAGAUGCUGAAAAUCCAACUUCAAGAUGCAGGGCGACUAGGUAACAGUUCUUGCCUAUCAUCUCUGAGAACAGGUUCUUGGAUGAUCACACAAAGCUAAAGUAAUGGACCCCUGGAUGGUUAAGUCCAGUCAAAUUUGACUGUGGGGUGCUCAUCUCCACUUUCAGGCUGAGGAAGCUGGUGUUUGUCAUCAGACAGCUUUCUGAAUCAUGUGGCCAGCAUGACUAAACCGCUUCUGGCACAACGGGACACCAUGCCGAGUGCCAGAGUGCUCGGAAAUGCCAUUUCAUACAAUAGUCCAGUUCACACAUAACACUAAGCCAAACUAUCUAACUAUCAACAUGUGAGUGUGCAAGUACUCAUGGUAACAAUUAUGGUCACUUCACUCUUCCCCAAGUCCUACUACUGCUAGGCUACCUGAGGCUUAAGCUAUGGCUUGGCUUAGCAUUACUUGUGAACCUGGCCUUGUAGUCUGUAACAGGAGACAAGGUGCAACUCCAUGUUGAGACAUAACACUAAGCCAAACUAAGCAAGACCCAGGGGAGGAGUUAAGUAGCUGCAGUUUUUGCUGCAAGUACUGAGUACAUAUGCACACACCAUGAUUUGGCUUGGUGUUAUGUACAAACUAACAUGAACUGUUGAACAAGAGAUGUUCAGUUUGGCGUAGGUUUCAAUUACCAUUCGUUUUGGCUGUCAUAAGCUAGGUCAGUAGUAACUUGGUGGCUUGUAAAACAAGAACAGGGAUUGGGAAUAAUAUUGUCCCUACCCAUGGUGUGUGUGUGUGUGCAGCAUGAGUAAGUGUCUGGUAUUUUAUCUCAUCCUGCUAUGGAUGGCGGCUGCAGAAAGUUAUGUACCAUAAGGGAUCAUUUGAAUGUAUUGCCUAAUUGACAAGAAAUGGUAAUCUAAGGCACAACAGUGCUUUAAUCAGUUCCAGAACUCAGUAAUGCUUCUAAGUUAUUGAGCCAGAUAAGUGAAAAAAUGAGUAUCAGUACUGUGUUAUCUGUAUAAGAGCAAAGUCUUAUGUAGGCAAUUUAUGACCCAGAAAUAUGGAACACUGGAGCAAGGCAAGACACCAGAAGUAAGCACAUAAGCUAGAGCUCCCUGCUGUGCAAUCAGGAUUUCAGAUUGCAGGGGGAACCUAUGUGCAUAUAACAGACUCCCUUCUUCAGACCUUCCCUCAGCUCAUAGAUGGCAAGGCCAAUAGGCAUGGCCUGUUCCAUGUGGUUGUAUCAACACUUAUCUUUUGCCCCAUGCUUUCCAGGCACAGGUCUGCACUUUAAAGCUCUGUGUCCAAGUGCUUCCCCCCACCCCUGAACUUUUCCUCAAAAACCCGCUAUUUAAAGCUGAAGCUCAAUGAAUGGCAAUUUAGGUUCUCAACAGAUUGUUGUUGGCUUCUAUUCAGCAGUAAAGAGCAGGUUUUCACGGUGAAGGCUCCAGAGCAGAAAAGAAAGUGCACUCAAACCUUGGCUCCAAACGCCUCUGUUUUGGAACGUUUUGGCUCCCGAAAGCUGAAAACCUGAAAGUAAAUGCUCCAGUUUUCCAACAUUUUUCGGAAACCGAACAUCCGACACUGCUUCCGCUUGAUUGCAGGAAGCUCCUGCAACAAAUCAGAAGCCGCACCUUGGUUGUUAAACAUUUCGGAAGCCAAACGGGCUUCCAGAAUGGAUUACAUUCAAGAACCGAGGUUUGACUGUACUUGGAUACAGAGCUUUAAAGCACAGGCCACACCUGGAAAGUGUGGAGGAAAGGUAAGAGUGGAUAAGCCCUUAGAAUGUCCAAAUAGUGCUUAUGUUUCACUAUCACAGAGCUGCUUAUAGGAGUUACAGGAGUUGAAGAGAUUUCCAGGGAUCAGACCUUCAGGUAAUCAGAUUUAGAAUGCAUCUCAGACUUGUAUAUAUUUAGGGUGAAAUCAUAAAUUUCAGGAGACCAAUGAGCCUGACAUAUUUUUAAUUGUUCUUUCAGCAUCUCAGCAGCUUGUGAGCAGAGUUCCUUGUUCAUCUCCUGGGUGCAAGCUUCUAGCUGUCAGCCCUGUUCUAGCCAGAGCAUACAAUGUAGGACCAAUUGCCUUUCCAAGGAGGAUAUCUGCCACACAGAUAGCAGUCGAGCUUCUGCAUACCCAGGGCAUUAAAGGACUCUACAAGGGUCUUGGAGCCACCUUGCUGAGGUAAGGAUGGAACAUCUUGUCCUUCCCAUUCCCAGCCCAGUUUUUACAGUAUGUGGCUUUAUAAAAAUGCAAUAACUCUUGUGUUCUAGGGAUGUCCCAUUCUCGGUCAUCUAUUUCCCGCUGUUUGCCCAUCUGAACAGAGCAGGACACAAUUCCCUGGAAGAGAAAGCCCCUUUCUUUCGUUCUUUUCUUGCUGGUUGCAUGGCCGGUUCAGUGGCAGCUGUGUCUGUCAAUCCCUGUGAUGGUAAGAGAAGAUUUAUAUCUCAUCUCUUUUGUGUUUCUGUGUUUCAUGUAUUUCAUGCUUCUCCAUACAGUAGUUAUAGAGAAAUACUGGGAAAAGUGGAUUUCCUUGUGAAUCUCUGGAAGCUACCCUUCCAUCUGUUAGGGCUUUAUGUGUAGGGAAGCUUUUUGUCUUCAGAAUAUCACAGUGCUUUAAUAAAUGUAGAAAAGAAUGAAUUUUAAUAUGCUGUAGUCAUAAUGUUGUCAGGCUUGCCUGCAUUAGUCUUCUAACCUGGCAAACAAUAUUUUUAUUUUGCAGUAAUAAAAACUCGUCUUCAGUCAAUGGGCAAGGGAAGAAAUGAAGAGAGUUAUAAUGGAAUUAUUGAUUGUGCACGGUAAGUAAUAGAAGCACUGUGAAUAACUGACUGUUCAGCCAGAGUGUAAGCAAAUGUUUAUGAUGUUAAACAGUAUGUUAAAUGUGGAGGAGGUUUCCUGUUUGAGAAGACAUGAAAAGUACUUACGUGCAUUCACACUAGACCUUUUAAGCUGAUCUUCAGACAUAUGAAGGCAGUUUCCCCUAAUUUGCCACUGUAACCUCUGCAGUCAGAAGGCAGCUGUGAAUCUGAUAAAAGUAGGAGUAACUGACCCUAAGCACAUGGCUAUAACAUUUGGAAGCUACUUCCAACAUGAUUUAUCCUAGAAUAUGUGCUGAAGAACCAGCUGUCAAAUAUCACAACCAUUGCUUGAAGUAUAACCAUACAGAAAUGCUUUUCAGUAGCUUCCAUAUGGAAGCUAUACCCUUUGAAUUGGCCAUAAACUUGUAGGAAUCAUGCCAAUUUCUGGUGUGUUCCUUUCUCUUUUAAGACUUCUUUUUAUAGGGUGAGAGAUGAAUUACAGCCGCAGGAGGGAAUCAGGUCUUCAAGCUUUUGGCAGGAGAACACAUGGAGAUUUUUGAGUGAAUGUUCAGAUCUGGACACAGGAGUUGUGAAAUGAUACGUGCAGAAUUUAGUAGCCAAGUAUAUAUUUGGUAUUGUUUUCUCUCUUUCAGGAAACUUUGGAUGAAGGAGGGUCCUUUAGCCUUCCUUAAAGGGGCUGGUUGCCGAGCCCUGGUCAUUGCACCUCUUUUUGGUAUAGCUCAAGGUAUUUACUUUAUUGGUGUUGGAGAAUUUCUUAUUGAGCUAUACCAGUAUGGAAGACUUUCUCCCUAGACUUCCUCCUUGUUCUUUGGACCUACUGGAAUGAAUCCACAAGAAUCACCAGACAAGACACAAGAAAACAGUGAAAUUUCAGAUUGAAUUAUCAGUGUUUCUUCUGUCAAAACUUAGACUCAAAGCCAAGUCCACCUGAGCUCUUAAUUGUUAUCAGGUUUUGGAGCCAGACUGACUAGGCACAUAGUUCUCUAAUGGUGAUGUGUCUCUUUUUCUUAUGAAGUAAAAAGCCAAGAGUUGUGACACAGUAGGACAGUCAUCUGAAUAUGUAGAAUGCAGGAUGCAUUCUGGGAGUUAGAAGAAUGAAGCCUCUGGUAAUGGAAUGGCAAUGGCUACUUUUUAUUAAACCUGGCUAUGGGAGGAUGUAUCAGAAAACCUUUUUUUAUGAGUGGAACAGGAAAAGAAACUUUAAACAAAAUUAUUGGGGAAGGGCACUUGCAAUCGUUCCAAGCAUGUUAGCAAAGAUUUAAAAAAUGGGAACAAAUUUUGUGAAUUUUUUAUAUAUCUGUCUUUUAUAACUUAUAACUUUACAUAGAGUAAAGAAUUUGGUUCCUGUGGUGACUGCUAAGAACAGAGCAAUGUAAUACAAUACAAGGGUUAACAGGUGAAUGUGCUAAAGGUUUUCAGAAAUGCUCUCUGGAACCUAGUUAUAGGGACUAGCGAUCUCUGUAAGCUACAUGUUGUGCAAAUAAACUGCUAAGCAGUUUUUCUUGGGCUGUUGCAACUAUGUUUUUGUGAAGCUAUAUUGUAGGUUUUACUGUUCAUAAUUAACUACAAAAUUUCUCUAUCAAAGGUGUGUGUUUUUUUAAUGAAUUAUAAGAUGGUCUCUAGACAUACCAUGAAUAAUAUGUUGGCAGCGCAAGAAUGAUCAUUUUUCUUUGCUCUUAUCCUGGCACAAUAAAAUGGUUCAGACCA